CUUACACACACCGACAAGUAAAUGCCUGCACCUAUACUUAUCCCUUGCUUCACACCCCCUCUUCGUUCUAUGUUUUCCCUUGACGCCUCUUGGAGGAGUUCAUAGCGACCGCAAAAGCGACAAUGGCGACAGCCAGCGAGCUCGAUAACAAGCAUCGCAGCUCCCUUGGGGGAGCCGCAAAACUGGCGAUGGCGGCGGCAUUUUUGGUCGGGCUGGCGAGCUGGUACUACGCGGUGGAAAUACGGCCGCCGCCGCCCACUCCGUGCGGGUCGGAGGACGGGCCACCGGUGACCGCGCCGAGGAUUCGGCUGAGGGAUGGACGGUUCCUGGCCUACUCCGAGACGGGGGUGCCCAGGGAAAGGGCUGCGUACAAGAUCGUCCACUGCCAUGGAUUCGGCAGCUCCAGGCUCGACAGCCCCCGGGCCUCCCCGGAAUUGAUAGAGGAGUUAGGUAUAUAUAUAGUAGGUUUCGACAGAGCUGGAUAUGGUGAAAGUGAUCCCAAUCCCAGUCGUUCACUGAGGAGCGAGGCGUCAGAUAUCGCGGAGCUGGCAGAUGCUUUGGAGCUGGGCCCCAGGUUUUACCUGAUUGGGUUCUCCUUGGGUGGCCAUGCUGUCUGGGCGUCCAUUAAGUACAUUCCAGAUAGGAUUGCUGGAGCUGCUAUGAUGGCACCAGUAAUAAACUACAGAUGGCCUGGGUUCCCGCGGAAUCUAUCAGAGGAGGCUUACAGAAAGCAACAGCCUGGAGAUCAGUGGGCAUUGCGAGUUGCAUAUUAUGCCCCCUGGUUGCUGCAUUGGUGGAUGAAACAGUCGUGGUUGCCUUCCUCCACCGUUAUCAAAGGCACAACCAAUCUGCCCAACCGCUUGGAUGCACAAGUUCGUGAGUACGCCAUGAAGAAUAGUGGAAUGUUCGAAGAGAGGCGGAAACUUGCCACUCAGCAAGGCAUGCUUGAGUCGUUUUACCGAGACAUGAUGGUGAUGUUCGGGAAGUGGGAAUUUGAUCCGAUGGAUCUCUCGCAACCGCCCUUUCCAGUUCAUCUAUGGCAUGGGGAUGAAGACGGGCUCGUGCCGGUUACUCUACAGCGAUACAUCUGCAGCCGCCUCAGCUGGAUCAACUACCAUGAGCUAAAGGAAACAGGGCACUACUUGGGAGGUGUGCAGAGCUUGGUUGAUGUUGUCCUCAAGACCUUGCUAGUGGUGUCGGUUUCAGCAUGACCACGUAUUUAUCAGUUUGGAAAAAGAAGCACCCACAGGAAGCGGAAUGCGUAAUUCAUACAUGGGAGGGAUAAUAAUUAGAUCGCACAUGCCCUAUUUUAACAAUGCAUCCAUUACUUAUGCGAGAUCA